GGUACGUUGGUGGAGAAAAAAAAAAAAAAAAAAGGAAAACGGUGAAAUAAUUUAAAAAGAAAAUGUACGCCAUGGACGAGCACAUCCAGGGCUUUUCGUCCUGGAUGCAGUAUGUAAUUCACCGCGGUGGAUCCAGGACCAUCUUGCAAAUGGGCGUGCUCGUUGGUAGUUUGGUCGGGUUUAUAAAUCCGACCAAUGCUAUCGAGGUAAUAGACGUGGUGUGGUCGAUGGCUGCGGGGCAUCUUCCACCGGAAUUGACCCGUGCUCGGUGGUUUUUUGAAGGUGCCCUGGAGUCCACGGGGCCAUUUGAAGUCGUCAUGGCCCCGAACCACGAGGAGAUUGAGACGCUGUCGGUCUGCCUCAUGGAGACGGCCGAGAGCCUAUUACGUGACUGGACUCGGGAACUCCUAAGGCUCCAGUAGGGUUCGACGGUCAACCAGGAG